AUGAAGACCCGCCUUACCUCGGUCUUGUACUUGGGGUACACGGCGAUGGAUAGACGUUUUUCCAAUUCCAUGCUUCCUUGGCUGCUUCGGGAGGUUCGAGCUACCGGAAUUCGGGAUAAGCUCAGUAUUGUGGUGGAAGAUGGUUGCUUGAAGGCUUACAAUGGAAAUUUUGAGCCAGUAAUUAUACAUCGGCUUGUCGACAUUUUAAGGGCAAGCCAAGUACCUGGUCGACCUGAUGAGCUGUUCUACAUUUUGCUGAACGAGAAAGAGGGAUUGCUUCAGUGUUUCUUAUUCAAGACAGCUACAGUAGCUGAGGGUAUCGUGAACCGUUUUCACAGCACAAGCAAUGGAAACCUGCAACGAUGA